AUGCAUGGCGUUUCACCAAAUCCUGGAGGCAACUCACAGCAAUUACCAUCAGGUUCCUUCCCGUCAUAUCAUGUGCCAUCAGGUGAUGUGGCUUCAUUAGCCACAUCAUCAGGAGUCAUGCCAACACAAGUCAUGCCAUUAGGAGCUAUGUCAUCAGAAGCCACGUCGUCAGGAGUCAUUGCAUCAGGAGACCUUUCUCCACACCUCAUUCAAGGUCCAUCAGGUUUCCCUGCUGGAGCCAUGCCAUCAGAUGUCAUGAUGAUGUGCGCAUCAAGCAACAAUUCAGCAGGCUAUGCUCAGGGACAUACAGCGGAGUGGCAGCAAAUAAUAGCGCAGCAGCAAUCAGAACGACAGGGACAGCCUCAGCUCGAGUAUUCAAAUCAGCAACAGCAGGAGGAGCAACCUGGGUAUCAGCAAGCGCCAUUGACACAGCAGCAGCAGCAGCAGCAGCAGCAGCAGCAGCAGCAGCAGCAACAGCAGCAGCAGCAAGGGGGAUGGUUUCAGCAGCACCAGAUUGAGCAGACGCUGGAAACCAGUGCAACCUUUCCCCAUGGGGGAGAUCAGGGCUCUAAAUCGCUGCCAGUGCUACGGUACAUGGAACAGCAGCAGCAGGAGUGGUCUCAGGAACAGCAGCAGCAGCAGCAGCAGCAGCAGCAGGAAACCCCGAUUUCUGGGACACAGCAGCAUGGUCUUGAGGAGGCUUGGAGAGAAGAUGCGGUCGCCACUGACCGGCCUGUCCAGGGAGAUAAAGCAGAGGGGAAGGUCAAGGCCGAGCAGGACACGGAGGAGGAGGAGGCUGCUGAGAGCAUUCAUGAUGACCUCCCUGUUCCGACUGCCUUCGAGAUCCAGUCGCUGCUGAUGGAGCUCUGCGACGAGACCAAGAUCGCCGAGCUCAGAAUCAAGAUCGGCAAGAUGGAGCUACACGUGCGGAGGGACGUGGGCGGGGUCAAGGCCGCGCAGGCGCUAGCCUUUGCGCCGCACGCCCCCCUUCCCCCCAUGUUCGACUCGCCCGCGUCUCUGGCUGCCGCCGCCCCUUCUGCGCCUGUUGCUGCGCCUCCUGCUGCGGCUGAGAGCGAGGCAGGCGUGGAUGAAGGGCUUCAAUACGUGACCUCGCCGCGGGUGGGCAUCAUGCGUCGUGGUCGGCAGGUCAAGGGCAAGAAGGGCAAGGCGCUAGUCACUGAGGGCGCUGCCAUAAAGAAGGGGCAGGUGGUGUGCUACCUAGAGCAGCUUGGUACACAACUCGCUAUUGAGUCGGAGAGUGCGGGAGAGGUGGUCAAAUUCCUGGUGGAGGAUGGGGAUGCGGCCACCCCUCCUUCCGAAUCCCCCGCUCAGCACCCCAUUCCUUCCACCUUUUACAAUGUCUUGACAGGCACGAAGUUGGGGUGCGGGGAGGGCGGGUGCGGGGCGUGCACUGUGAUGGUGUCGCGGGUUGACGCUAAGACAUGCAGAAUGAGCCACUGUGCCGUCAACGCGUGCCUGGCCCCAUUAUACAGCGUGGAAGGGGCAGCGGUGGUUACAGUAGAGGGCAUCGGAAGCACGCGGGGGAGGCUGCAUCCGGUGCAGGCGGCUCUGUCCUCCUCUCACGGCUCCCAGUGUGGCUUCUGCACGCCCGGCUUUGUCAUGUCCAUGUAUGCGCUGCUCCGCUCCUCCUCCUCUGCCUCUGCUUCAUCCUCCUCUGCCGCCUCUGCGGCCGCUCCCCUUGAUGGAUACCUGCUCUCCUCCUCUCCCUCUUCUGAUGCUCUGCAAGGCUCCUUGGGAUCCCUCUCACCACCAGCGUCUGGGUACAAGCUGCCUUCAGAGGCGGAGAUAGAGGAGGCCAUAUCAGGCAACCUGUGUCGCUGCACCGGCUACCGCCCCAUUCUCGAGGCCUUCCGCACCUUUGCUCGCGCCGACGCUGCUGCCUAUGCCGCUGAUGCUGCUUCUCAUGCUGCCUCUAUUGCUGCUCCUAAUGCUGCUUCGCAUGCUGCUUCUCAUGCUGCUGCUGACGUGGCUCUUAGGGAUGGUUUUGUUGGCGGGCAGCUUGGGGCAGUAGUUUGUCCUUCUACUGGCCUGCCCUGUGCGUGCGGGAAAGCUGACCGACGGAAUGAGGCUAAGUGCUGUGAAGGUGGCACCUGCGGCAAAGCCAAGCCCUGCUCACUAGGAGUAUCAGCUGCAGCAGCAGCACCAGCAGCAUCGCCAGCAGCGGCAGCGAGUGGCAUUGAAACGGACCUGCUGGGUGUGUCUGAACCUAUCUUUCCUCCCGAGUUACUGAGGCGAUCCCAGCACCCACUGCCGCUGUGCCUUGGGGAUUGUAAAUACCUGCAACUGCAUUCUUCUUCCAGCACUGCUUCCACGGUCAGCAGCGGCAGUAGCAAGGAGAGGAGCAAGGCGGUGUGGUUUCGGCCAAUCACGCUGCGCCAGCUGUUGGCGCUGCGAGAAGCGUUUCCUGCAGCCAAGGUGGUGGCAGGGAACACGGAGGUCGGCGUGGAGAUGCGGUUCAAGGGGCUCAGCCCUCCAGCCUACAUCCACGUGGCAGCCAUCCCUGCGCUCUCAGAGAUCAGCCAAUCAGAGCACGGCAUCACCGUGGGCGCAGCAGCCUCCCUGUCUGCCCUGCGCCAAGCCAUGCUGGCAGCAGUGGGGAGUGUGGCACCUGACCAGACGGCUGUGUGUGCGGCUAUAGCGGAGCAGCUGAGGUGGUUCGCUGGAGUGCAGAUUCGCAACGUGGCAACGCUAGCUGGUAACAUCGUAACUGCCAGCCCCAUAUCCGACCUCAACCCCAUCCUCAUCGCUGCCAACGCGACAUUCCACCUCGCCAGGCUGGCACCCCGGGCUGCUGACGUGGCAGAUGCUGACGUGGACAAGGCCCAGCAAUCCUCCCGUCCAAUCGAGCUGCGACAGGUGGCAGCACGGGAUUUCUUCAAGGGGUACCGGAAAGUGGAUUUGAGGGAGGGCGAAGUCCUCACUGCUGUGUUGAUUCCUUGGACUCGGCGCAACGAGCACAUAGUGGCAUACAAGCAGGCACACCGCAAGGACGACGACAUUGCUCUCGUGAAUGCCGCUCUGCGCGUGCUGCUCUCCCCUCCCACUCCAGCCGCAGCUGAACGCUUGCCAUCCCUUUCUCGCCCUUUUUCCCCCUUUUUUUCCCCUUUCUCUCCCUUUCUCCCCCUUUCUCUCCCUUUCUCCCCCUUUCUCUCCCUUUCUCCCCCUUUCUCUCCCUUUCUCCCCCUUUCUCUCCCUUUCUCCCCCUUUCUCUCCCUUUCUCCCCCUUUCUCUCCCUUUCUCCCCCUUUCUCUCCCUUUCUCCCCCUUUCUCCCUCUUCUUGCCCCUUCCUUCCCCCAUCCAGACGCCCCACCUUCAGUCCUCGACUGCUCCCUUGUGUUCGGAGGAGUGGCAGCAACAACAGUAUCAGCGCACCGCACGCAGCAACACCUCCUCACCCGCCCAUGGACUCAAGAAACCCUUCAGGUGGCCCUUCAGGUGCUUCAGGAGGAGAUCUCCGUGCCUGAGAAUGCACCUGGCGGCAUGCCCGAGUUCCGGGGGUCCCUCGUCUUGUCUUUCUUCUUCAAGUUCUUUCUGCUCGUGGCCCACCGCGUGAAUGGUCAGUCGCAGCAGCAGCUGCUGCCAGGGAAAAUGGGAACGGGGGCAGCGGGAGGGGCAGGGGCAGAGGGAGAGGCAGGAGCAGGCUCGGAAGGAGAAAAGGGAACCCUCACAACCACCAACACCACAACCAACGGCAGCAGCAGCAGCGACGCAGCUUCCAUGUGGCCGCCCCCCACCUACCUGUCCGCUUUGGACUCUCUCCCUCGCCCGUAUCCCCAUGGCAUGCAAGCAUGGGAGGCUAGACCCUUGGCAGAGGGUGCAGCUACUGAGGGAGGAGGGGGAAAGGCAGCAGGGGAGGUGGUGGGAGUUCCUGCUGUUCACCUCUCUGCUGACCUCCAGGUGACAGGGGAAGCAGAGUAUGCAGACGACACUCCCCUACCCCCCUCCGCCCUGCACGGAGCUCUCGUCCUCAGCACCCGUCCCCACGCCCGCAUCCUCUCCAUCGACCAAUCAGAGGCCGCCACCUGUCCGGGCUUUUUGGGGAUGUUUGGAGCCAAGGACGUGCCUGGUAGCAACCGGUUCGGUGCGGUGGAGCACGAUGAGGAGGUGUUUGCUUCGGAGAGUGUGCACUGUGUGGGACAGAUCAUUGCAGUGGUUGUUGCCGACACUCACGACCACGCCCGGGCAGCCGCAAAAAAGGUCAAAGUGAUCUACGAGGACCUGCCCGCCGUACUCACCAUCCAGGAAGCCCUUGCUUCGGGCAGCUUCCACAAAUUCCCGUUCUCGGGCGGGCAGACCGAAAGAAACCUCCUCAGGGUCCCAAACCCCCCUGAGAAAACCGAUCAAGAAAACGGCUCAGAAGAGAACAACAAUGUCAAAUCCUCCCUGGCCGAUUCAGCAAGCUUCCAAGUGCCCGCCGCCCGGACCGGGUCCUCCGUCUCCCCUGCUGACGUGGAAUCCGUCCUCGCUGACGUGUCACAAUGCCCAUUGGUACUCGAAGGCGAGGUGGCAAUGGGAGGGCAGGAGCACUUCUAUCUCGAACCCAACACCUGCGUGGUCUGGCCCGUGGACGGGGGGAGGGAAUUCCACAUGCUCUGCUCCACGCAAGCCCCCACACACCACCAGAAAGACGUUGCGUCUGUUCUGGGAAUUCCCAUGCACAGGGUGGUAUCGAGGGUUAAGAGGCUGGGAGGGGGGUUCGGGGGGAAGGAGACGCGGAGUGUGCUGGUGGCGGUGGCGGCGUGUGUGCCGGCGUGGCGGUUGAACAGGGCUGUGCGGAUCACGUUGGAUCGGGACGAUGAUAUGAAGGUCACGGGACAGCGACACCCCUUCUAUGGCAAGUACAAGGUGAGUGGUGGGUUAGCAGGUGCACGGGCUGUGCGGAUCACGUUGGAUCGGGAUGAUGAUAUGAAGGUCACGGGACAGCGACACCCCUUCUAUGGCAAAUACAAGGUGGGCUUCAAACCCUGUGGUCGUCUGGUGGCCCUGCAAGUCCUCCUGGUUUCCAACGCCGGCAGCACUCUCGAUCUCUCAGCAGCAGUGCUAGAGCGAGCCCUCUUCCACUGUGACUCGGUCUACUCAGUGCCCCACAUGCACGCGCGCGGGCGCAUGGCUCGCACGCACCUGCCGUCCAACACGGCCUUCCGGGGGUUCGGGGGACCGCAGGGCAUGAUGGUGGUGGAGAGUGCACUCGAUCACGUGGCCAGGACCCUUGGGAAGAGCGCGGAAGAGAUAAGAUUUCUGAAUCUCCAACCUGACGGCUACACGCUGCAUUUCGGCCAGUCUCUGACGCACAACCCGAUGCACCGAAUCUGGACGCAGCUGCUCCGCUCCUCCUCCUUCGAAUCCCGCCGAACCGACAUCGACAAAUACAACGCAACAAGCCGGUGGCGAAAGAAGGGCCUCGCAAUGAUCCCCACCAAGUUCGGCAUUUCAUUCACGGCCAAGUUUCUGAACCAAGGAGGGGCGCUGGUGCAUGUGUACACGGACGGAACGGUGCUGGUGACGCAUGGAGGGGUGGAGAUGGGUCAGGGGCUGCACACCAAGUGUGCUCAGAUCGCUGCUCAGACGCUGGGGGUGCCGCUGUCUGCUGUGUUCAUUUCUGAAACGAGCACAGAUAAGGUACCCAACACCUCUCCCACAGCAGCAUCAGCAUCGUCAGACAUCUACGGGCGGGCGGUUUUGGAAGCAUGUGAGGAGAUCAAGCGGCGGAUGGCGCCAAUCAGGCAGCAGUACCCUGAGGAGACGUUCGGGCAGGUCGCCGAUCGCUGCUACAGGGAGCGCGUAAACCUGUCAGCUCAAGGAUUCUUCGCCACCCCCAACAUCGGCUUCGACUGGGCAACAGCCUCCGGAUCUCCCUUCGCGUACUUCACGUUUGGAGCAGCGGUGGCGGAGGUGGUGGUGGAUGUGCUCACAGGAGAAUGGGUGGCGCCACGAGUCGAUGUGCUCAUGGACGUGGGUCGGUCACUUAACCCGGCUAUCGACAUUGGGCAGAUCGAGGGGGCGUUCGUACAGGGCAUGGGGUGGUCAGUGAUCGAAGAGAGCAAGUGGGGCGAUAGCGCCCACCCGUGGGUGGCGCCUGGAUCGCUCUUCACGUGUGGGCCCGGCACAUACAAGAUCCCGGCUGCUUCUGACAUUCCCACCGACUUCCGAGUCACUCUGCUGGCUGACUCCCCCAAUCCGCACGCAGUUCUCUCCUCCAAGGCAGUCGGCGAGCCGCCCUUCUUCCUCGGCUCAUCUGUCAUGUGGGCCAUAAAAGACGCCAUCUACGCCGCCCGGAAGGACGCCAGCCACACUGGCUUCUUUCGUCUCGACUCCCCCGCCACCCCUGAGAGGAUUCGCCUGGCAUGUGCUGAUCAGCUAACAGAGCCCUUCUGUGGGCCGAAUGUCGUGCCACGGCUUAGUGUGUAA